AUGUUAAUGCAAAUAAUAAAUAACUCGUUAAAAUUAAUAUUAUCAAGAGCUUUAACUCAAUAUAAAACUGAUAAUUAUUCAAAUAAAACAUAUACACCCUAUCGAGUAACAAAAGAAACUACAAAAGUAAGACAAGAUAAUUUAGAUUUAUUACCAGAAAAGCCACACUUAUUUACUUCUGAUCCACUAGCACCAAAAGAAUACAGACAAAGUAUAGCAAGAUACAUAAAUAAUAAGAAUGUUCCUAUUCCAGCAGAGUUCCAAAAAUAUUCUUUUGGAAAUUUAGCAGUAGUAACUCAUAACACAGAAGGAAAUAAAGAAACCGAUGAAUAUGAAGAAAGAAGAGCAAAAAGAAUAGUCAAUCAUCUAAACAUGAAUGUUGUUCACAUAUAUUUCCUACAAAAUGUAACAUGGAAGUUAUAUAAGAACAUUAUCAACCUUAUGAAUGAAGAACCAAGAUUAAAACAUAUGAAAAUUGCAGAUCCAUUAAAUUUCAGUGUUGAUAUAAAUAAAGGAUCCAGACAUGAAUAUUUUCCAAUCAUCUAUGACUCUAGGAUGCUUACACCUAUUAACCAAGCAACUUUUAAACCGGAGGGGAAAAGCAAUAUAAUUUACUCAAAUUGGGUACAAUUUAGAAAGAAUGGAAAAGUAAAUAGUCCAAUAAUACAUGCAAUAAAUCUAAACCUAUUCAGUGCAGAUGAAAAAGUAGAGGAAAGACAAUUAUUACAUAUAAAUAAGAGUAUUGAUGAAAUUAAACAAAAAAAUAAUGUAGUUAUAAUGGGUGGUAUAAUUAACUUCCAAAGUAAGAGCUUAAAAAAAUUUUUAAAGGACUAUUAUUUUAAAUCACAAUUAAGUUCUGAUAAAUUAAAUGACCAAUUAAGCAAGAAUACACUUAUCGAUAAACAGGAUGGAGUUCAAAGGGAACAUAUUUUAAUAAAAGAAUCUGAUGAUGUCUACUUACAAACCAACAGUGUGAGAAUAUUAUCAGCAUUUGAAGAUAGUGACACAAAUUCACUUGAUUUUAAUAAGAAUUUGGAAUUUAAAAGCCAUCCAGUAGGAGGUAUUUUUACUUUAAGUAAUAAAAGUCACUCUUUAUCAACUUAA